AUGAAGCCUAGCAGGGCCUCAGAGCCUCAGACCCCACCCAGCUCUCCUACUUAUGUCCUUCCUCCCCUAAGUCUGGAUCUAAGGUUGCAGGGACGCCAGGUAAGCCAGGCCGACCCUCCCAGACACCAUCCACCCCUGGCAAACACAUACACAGGGAGAAGGCCCAAGAAAGAGGUGGAAAGUCCCAUGGGCACAGCUCUCCAAAUAGCUCAGAGACAAUCCCACUUGUUGGCCCGCCUGCAGCCCGUCCCAGUCAACCCACAACCUCCCCACAUCCAUCCCAACACAAAAACAGCUCCCCCUAUGGCUGGUUCAGGGGCAUCCAUCCAGAUCCAGACAGAGACAUGGGGUGUUAGUCCAGAAGGCGGGGUCCUGCGGGCCCCAGAUCUCCAACCUGCGGCGGGGGUGGGCAGUGUGGAGGAGAUGGGAGACAACCCCCCUGCCAGCCCCCCUGUUCUCAGAAGAGGAGGGAGGAGUGAUGAGGAGACCUGUCCUGCAGCCCAGCCCAACCCACGGUCCGCCCCUCUCACCCCCCAUGGGAACUCAGAGGGGCUCAAUGAGAAGGCCGAGGGUGUCGGUGAGGGGAGGGGUGCUGAUGACCUUCGCCAUAGCGACCUGGCCAAGCUCUAUGGCUUGCCUGAUACUCCCAAUGGAGUGGAGGAAGAGGAGGAGGAGGAGGAGGACGAGGAGGACAGUGGUGGGGACACAUCGCCCAGCUCUCUGCCUCCCCGUCGGCCACACCUUCACCAGACAGGAGUGGCUGAUGUCUUCAAGUCUUUGGCCUCAUUCCUGGGGGGCCAGAGGUACACAUAUCGCGGCGGUCCGUUUGGGCGUCCUCCUCCUAGCUCCAUGGGAGGAGUGAAGUACUCUUCAUCCCUCGCCAUGGAUCCCGAAACCAAUUGUCAGGACCAGCAGAACCCCUCUCCCACAUCCAACUCCACCACGCCCCCAAGACUCACUAGCGAAUCAUCCACUCACACUACCUCAGAUCUGCUUUCCAAACCCCGGCCUCCUUUAAACCUCGACCAACCACAGCUCUCCGUGGGGGAGCGCACAAAACAGAAGCACGCGAGAUUGGAGGAGAUACUGAAUGAGAGAAAGAAAGAGAAGGCUAAGGGUGUAGACAGUGGGGAGACGGCCGGGUCUCUGAGCGCUGAGUUUAGACUGACCACCACACACCGGCUGCCUGCCACCACCAAGGACGAGCGAGGACAGAGGGAGGCACGCAGGCAGACAGACAGAAAGAGGGAGCCAAGCGGUGCGGAUGGAAACAGAGAUGGGGAAGGGAAGAGGAAGAGAAGAAAACAAGAGAACAGCAUCAGCAGUCAUCAGAGGAGUGGAGGAAAUGAAAAGAAGAACGCGGAAGAAAAGUGUGACAGAAAGUCAGCCCCUAUAACGCUGUCCUCAUCUACACCUCACCCCAGUCGCCUAGCCAAGCAGCACAAAGACACUAAGAAGAGCCGUCCCAUUCAGGGGAACCUUGGCCUCCAGAGCGAAGACAUCCAGGGACAGAAAGACAAGACGCACACAGGAAACACUGAGCAGGGGGCACAAUCAACAGAGAUGACGAAUGAGAGGCGCAGUGAGCCUCAAACCAAGACGUCCACACCAGACAGAAACCCAGACAUAUUGGCAACAGCAUCCACCACCAGCUUUAUUAACACCUCCUCCCCUUCCCCCACCCCGGCUGCCUCUGCUGCCCCAGUGAGGAGGACCCCCUGUCCCCUGGCUGCUGCUGAUUUCCUCAAGCUGAAGGCUCUGUCCAUGGGCUCUCCCAAGGAGCUGAAGAUCCAUCUGAUCAAGGUGGAGAGUGGAAACCGAGAGACGUUCAUCGCCUCGGAGGUCGAGGAGCGCAGGAUCCCACUAAGAGAGGUCAGCAUCAGACACACAGCCAGCGAGGUCGUCAGGUCCUGCAAGGGGGCGAAGGUGAACGGGAAGUUUCGGGAGUCCUAUCUGCUCCCUGCUUUCUCUGUCAAGCCUGUCCUUAGCACCAACACACCCAUCCCACGAGAGAAGCUCAACCCCCCCACACCAAGCAUCUAUUUGGAGAGUAAGAGAGAUGCCUUCUCCCCAGUCCUCCUCCAAUUCUGUACCGACCCCAAGAACCCUGUCACUGUCAUCAGAGGCCUGGCUGGAUCACUACGACUCAACCUGGGUCUGUUCUCCACUAAGUCUCUGGUGGAGGCCAAUGCAGAGCAUGCUGUGGAGGUGAGGACCCAGGUACAGCAGCCUGCUGAUGAGAACUGGGACGCUACUGGUUCAGCUCAGACCUGGCCCUGCGAGAGCAGCCGCUCACACACCACCAUCGCCAAGUACGCUGCGUACCAGGCCUCCAGCUUCCAGGAAAGCCUCCAGGAGGAGAAGGACAGUGAGGAUGAGGAUGAGGAUGAAGAGAAGAAGACUCUGUCUUCUGACCCAUCAACCAACACUGCAUCUGGCACCAGCAAAACCAGCCCUACUGUGGUUACUAGCAAAGCAACUCCUACCAAAGUUGGCCCUACCCCUAUUGCUAACACACUCAGGCCGGAGGCGAAAUCAACUGGGAAGAUUAUCAAAUUCGGCACCAAUAUCGACAUCUCUGAUCCUAAGAGGUGGAAGCCCCAGCUGCAGGAGCUGCUGAAGCUACCAGCCUUCAUGCGUGUGGAGUACAAUGGAAACAUGCUGAGCCACGUGGGACACACCAUCCUGGGCAUGAACACCGUCCAGCUCUACAUGAAGGUCCCCGGCAGCCGUACACCUGGCCACCAGGAGAAUAAUAACUUCUGCUCAGUGAACAUUAACAUUGGGCCGGGGGAUUGCGAGUGGUUUGCAGUCCAUGAACACUACUGGGAGCACAUCAACAACUUCUGUGAGAAGUAUGGAGUAGACUACCUGACUGGGUCCUGGUGGCCUGUUCUGGAGGACCUGUACUGCUCCAACAUCCCAGUGUACCGCUUCAUCCAGAGACCAGGGGACCUGGUGUGGAUCAACGCAGGGUCCGUCCACUGGGUGCAGGCUGUGGGCUGGUGCAACAACAUCGCCUGGAACGUGGGACCUCUCAACUCAUACCAGUAUCAACUGGCUCUGGAGCGUUUUGAGUGGAAUGAGGUCAAGAAGGUCAAGUCCAUCGUUCCGAUGAUCCAUGUCACCUGGAAUGUAGCCCGCACUAUCAAGAUCACCGACCAAGAAACCUACAAGAUGGUCAAACAUUGUCUCCUACAGUCCAUUAAGCACAUUCAGAUUCUGAGAGACCAGCUGGUUGCUGCAGGGAAGAAGAUCUCUUAUCAGAGCCGUGUGAAGGACGAACCAGCCUACUACUGCAACGAGUGUGACGUGGAGGUGUUUGACCUGCUGUUUGUAACUAGUGAGUCUGGCAGCAGGAAGACCUACAUGGUGCACUGUGAGGACUGUGCCCGGACCGUGUCCAAGAGCCCCUCGCUGGCAGGAGUAGUGGUGCUGGAGCAGUACUGCAUGGAGGAGCUGAUGAGAACCUAUGACAGCAUCUGUGUGACUCCAUCACCCUGCUCCAAGUGAAGCAUCCUCCCUGUUGUCUGGCAGCCAUAACCAAAGCUCCUACUUAGUGGCAGCACAGACGUUGUCUUCAAGGAAUACUACUACUGCUAACACUUGGUGAACAGCCAACCAUGUUUACUCAGUAUUGUUUACAUCACAAUAAGAUAUCUGCCAUCAGCCAUCAGCCAAUUGAAUUCCAGCUCACUGUUGUCUUCCCCUCCUACCAGCUGCUGAUUGGACUUGAGUCUUGAGAUAGAAUGACUAGACUGGUACUACUAUUUGUUAAUUAAACAUGUCAGACAACUACAGAAAAUGUGAACAUUGUUAGCACUGGAAAUCAGGUCUUAAUUAAAACGGACACUGCUGUGAUUCAAAAGCGUCAAGUAGCCGGUAUAUGGUGCAUUAAUUCAGGUACUUUUAUGCAAAUCCAAUGGAACUUUUUUACACCAAUCUAGUUAUUCUAUGUCCAUGAAUUUACCAUAUUGCUAUGGUAACAGCAGGGGAAUUGCUUCACAAGCAAAGUAGCUGAUAGUCUCAUUGAAAUCCCAUUGUUUUGGUUUGGUUUUCUAUUCAGGUGAACUCUGACAUUUGUCAUUCCUGUCUGUAUACUCUUUGGGGUGCUAUUUCCAUUGUAUUUAUUCUGACCUAGAUAUUUCAAAAGUUUUACCAGCCUAAAGGUACACCACAUUGGCCUUGUGAACUGUAUUUAGAUGAAAGGAAAUUAGAAAAUCAAACAUGCAGGCACAACUUUCUAAAGCGUUAGGAAUAUUCAUUUAAGAAAUUGUCAAAAUUUCUCUGAAAUACGGGUUAACUAGAACUAGAGGACGAAUCUGGUUUCACUCUUGGUUGGAAAUCUGGUGUGUUUUAAUGUGAUUUUAGUUUUUGCAUAAUAAUCCUAAAUAAUGUUUGGUAGAGAGAGAUGUGAUUGCUACAAUUCGCCCUACAGAAGAUCCCUUUUAUCUUUUUCUUUUUCUAAUGGGAUCAUUCUCCCAGUUUUUUUACCUCUUUUUUUGGUUGCUAUCUCCUUUUCUGGGUUACAGAGAAAAUGAAGAAUUGUAAAUUGUGACUUUAUUUAUACCUGUAUAUGUUUGUUUUCUUAAAUGUAUUUAUUGCAUAUUGAUGGUGCUUCUCUGGGGACACCAGAUAUUUUUAACGUUUCCUAUUGUGGGUGGACGGGAAGAGCAAACAGGGGGGAGGUUGGAUUUUCAUGGUGCUCAACCCCCUCUUGCCUCGUCACCUCCUCAUUAACUGUGUAUAAAUGAUCUAUGAAUAGAAGUCAAUGAAUAUAACUUCAACCGACAGGAUGGUGCUUAGAACCGCGUCAUUACAAAUUUACCGGUAAACUAAUAGAAUGAUGUCUUUGUACUGUAUCUAACUGAUAAACACAAUACCUUUUUCAACUUUUUGCAUUGUACGAAAUUCAUAAAAUUGUGAAGCAUUUGUGAUUGGCAGUAGUUGUAGUUUUAGCCACAUUUAAAUGAGACUGAUGUGUAGUGAGGUUUGGGUUCCUUCAGUGUUCUGUCCUCAUGAGUAUAAUUUCAAGGCUGUAGUCUUGCUCCUCAUCCACUGACUGUUUUUAUUUGAAGCUGUGCUGUUUUAAAACAUAAUACAAAAAUAUCUUACAUAGACCAGACCUUUCUUAAACACUCUGUGAUUUUUUUCUGUGACAUUAUUGUGAGUAUUAUUGAUACAAUAAAAUGUUUUGAGAAAUGUU